AGCAAAGGCUGAACAUCUUCUCUUUGUCCGUCAGAGGGAGUGGAGUUUCUUGCUUUCAGCACUUCGCCCCAUAUUCACCGCAGAACUGCGUCGGGCUGUACAGGAACUGUUUUAACGUUCAGUUGAGUCCUGCUGAUUGCCGCCCGAAUCCCUGCCAUUCGAAUUGAAGAAGUUGAUUCAUGAUUUCUAGGAAGUACAGUCCUACUUUAUUUCCUACCUGGAUUAACUCGUAGACAAGAGACAAUUUACCUGCUCAACCAUUUUUGGUGUAAGCGUUUGCCUGUCAGAAACAAUGCUGUGGAAACUAGCAGAUAACGUUAAGUACGAGGAUGACUGCGAGGAAAGGCACGACGGGAGUAGCAAUGGCAACCCCCGACUUCCUCACCUCCCCGCCGUGAGCCAGCACCUUUACAGCCCGUCGCCGUCUAUCUCACACUCGGCCAACUCAGAUUUCCAACCCCCGUACUUCCCUCCUCCCUACCAACCUAUAUCAUAUCCCCAGUCCAGUGACCACUAUUCGCACCUCGGGGACCCUUUCAACAUCAACUCUAUACACCAGUCGUCGUCUAACCAGCAGCAGUCAUGGCCGGGGCGACAAGGUCAAGAGGGACUCGGACCUCAUUCGCGAAGCGGACUCGCGGGACAGAUUCUGGGUCUUGACGGCGGCUCGUCCGGCUUGAGGAGAGAAGGUUUUCGUCGACCGGAGCUGCUACCGCCCCACGCCCAUAACAUUGAGUCACCCGUCAUUAGCGAUAACAUUGGACUGCACGAAAUGGGUCAUGGUCUGGAUGAUGGUCAACAUGUCGAUGAUCACAGCAUUAUAAUGGCCGACCAGACAGUCAUCAAAAAAGUACUAGGACUACGAGGUGGCAGGAACCUUGAUCGCUUACAGAGGACUUAUUAUGAGGGGGGCAUUCUUGCGGGUGAGGACGAAGGCCCUGUGUCGCUUCCCAAAGGCAACUCCCUCGGCAUGCCCUUCCAGAAGGAGUCCCUGCUCGGCAUGGUGUCCAACCCCACUGAGGUGUUCUGCUCAGUGCCCGGACGCCUGUCUCUCCUCAGCUCCACCUCCAAGUACAAGGUGACCGUGGCGGAGGUUCAGCGACGCCUGUCCCCUCCUGAGUGCCUCAACGCGUCCCUGCUCGGUGGGGUCCUGCGCAGAGCAAAGUCUAAAAAUGGCGGCCGGUCUUUGAGGGAAAAACUGGAUAAGAUUGGGCUCAACUUGCCCGCCGGGAGGAGAAAAGCUGCUAAUGUGACUCUCCUGACUGCACUCGUAGAAGGCGAAGCUGUUCACUUGGCAAGGGACUUUGGCUAUGUAUGUGAGACGGAGUUUCCAGCGAAGGCCAUCGCUGAAUACCUGGGUCGACCACAUGUGGAACGCAAUGAGGUCAACUCCCGGAAGAACAUGCUCCUUGCUGCCAAACAAAUCUGUAAGGAAUUCACCGACCUGCUAACUCAGGACCGUUCGCCCCUGGGGAACGCCAGGCCGGCACCGAUCUUGGACCAAGGCAUCCAGGGCUGCUUGACCCACUUCAGUCUCAUCACCCACGGCUUUGGGUCACCGGCCAUCUGCGCGGCCAUGACCUCCCUCCAGAACUACCUUAACGAAGCCCUCAAACAGGUGGACAAAAUGUACCUGAGUUCCGGCAGCGAUACGCAGGGCUCCUCUGACAACGGUAGCAAGUCCUCUGACAAAAUGGAGAAGCACAGAAAAUGAGGAAACACUCUCUCGUUGGACUGUACAGACCCCCCCCCCCCCCCCACACACACACAAACACACACACAAACACACACACACUCCCCUUCGGACUACUUCCACGUCGAUAUUUGGAAGCGAAAAUGGUCGGUGUGAUUCCGAUUAUAGAUUUCUGUUGUAACUGCACAAUUGAAUUUACACAUUUUCUCCAUUAUGGCCCAAACUCUAUUACGAUGUCUUUUUUUUUUUUCACACCACUGGCUGGUUUUAAUGUGAGACCGACCAACUUUGGUGCCUGCUGUAAUAGUAGGGGUAUAAGAUACAGCCAAAAGGCCUGAAAGGACUGGAAGGAAGGAAACAGAAAGCAGACUGUUGUUUCCCCAGAGGACAUCAUUUCAAGAUGGGUUGCAGAGGCUGUGAAUUCUUUUAACCUUUUUCAUCCUCCUCUUCUGUCUGGAGGUAAAUCCUCUGAUUUCCUGUGUCUCUUGCACGGUGCUCAGUUCUCAUUGGACUUACCAAAGGACAAAUCUUUUUUUCAACAGGAGACAAAAAAAAAGUAUUUUUUUUCCUCUUGUGUUGCUUGAAUUUUCAUAAUGACUUCAAUGGGGACAGUGUUAUUGUGCUUUGUUCUUAGGAGGUUCUUUAGAAGAUCUGGUAAAAAAAAAAAAAAAAGAGACCCUGGUUGUUUGAUUGUCAGUGUUCCAGAGAAACCAGAAACCUUAAAGACGAUUUGUAAUAGCAGCCAUUCUGCGUUUGAUGAGGAAUGGUUACUUGUGGGUUGUGACAAAGGCAUGGCAAUGGGCUCUUUGUUACUUUUAAUCCAGUCUUUAAGUACUCCAAUUGCCCAUUGGCUCCUUCAGUAUUUUUACACUGCAAUGUAAAAGGAGUAAGUCCCUGACCUGAUCAGAUAUCUUUUACCUCGCGUUAAAAAACACUCCCAUGUUGAUGUUAACUGUAUCCAAUCAUAAUCAGCCAUUUUCAUCUAAACUGUAUUUCUUUCAGCCAGUUGUCUGGCAGGAGUGCAUGCGUUACAUUGUGCGAGUGCGUCUGUGUUACAGAAUGUAAAUAUUCCUUUGGAAAAAGAGUGUUUUUAAUUAGACAUUGAACUGCAAACAGAGGAUCUUUGUCUGUUACCUUUACCCUGAAUGUAAAUAUUUUCUAAUUUAUGUUGUAAUUUAACGGGAUAUGUAAAUAACGGUAUUAUUCUGGUGUGUGGCUUAACUUUUUAUGACGUGUUACACUUUUAUAAGUGGGUUACUUUUUUAUAAUGUAGAGGUUAGGCAGUGGGUAUGAUAUGCUUUUUGAACUGUCUGUCUGUGUAAAAUUGUUUUAAAGUUAUAGGAAAAAAGAAUAAAAAUUCCACCCUGUUUAUAAUGA